GGCCAUCGGUAGCAGGCCGGCAGCAUGGAUCGAGUGCAUCGUCCGCCGAUCGAUUGACGAGUACCUGCCCCGCACGCAAUGGAGUCGCAGUCGGGUCCCUGCGCAUUAGCGGUGCACGUCCUUCGAUGCUCAAAAGCACAAUGCCGGCCCAACCCGACCUCAGGGACGACGGCACGUGCAGACCAGUGGUGCGUCCAGCACCCACUAUGGAGAACAUCACACGAGGAGUGUCAAACAUGCGGGCACACAGCGAUGGCGGCGACGACGAUGGUGGUGGCGGUGACGAUGCCGACGAACGAUUCAGGGAGGACGUGGAAGCAGGGGACGACGACGACGACAUUCCUUUUCGGCCUUUGGGGAAGACGGGUGGGAGGGGGAGAGGACGCAGCAGGGGGGCUGUUCGUGGACGAUCCAUUGGCCGUGGGGGCAGAGGUGGCAUCAACGACGACGGCGGGAAGUCUGCGACGUACUGGUCCCCGGAAGAGCAAAUGCAACUGGUGAGAUGCAAGCGGGAGCAAGAGAUGCACCUCGCCGGUCUGGGUCACAAUUACGGGCGGAUGCGGACCAAGGAGUGGAAGUGGGACGACAUUGUCAAGCGCAUGGCGAACGCGGGGUGGCCUAAAGACGCGGAGGACUGCAUGAAGAAGUGGGACAAUAUCUUCCAAAACUACAAGAAGAUACAGAGGUUUCAGAAUGCGAGUGGCCGGCCAGAUUUCUUCCGGCUAUCGAAUAAAGAAAGGAAGGAGCACAACUUCAAGUUCCGGAUGGAGAGGGCGUUGUACAACGAGAUCCACGCAGACAUGGUGGGAAACCACACAAUUUUCCCUCCCAACAUCGCCGACACCGGAAGUCCGGACGGGGUGCAGCUGCCCAGGCGAGGAGCGGGUGCUGGGAAGUUUGUUGGUAGUGAGGGCGCUGGUGAAGGCUUCCCUGAAGAAUGUUCUACUAUGAGGGACUCCGACAACAACGCAGCCAGCGGGGCUGGAGGCGGGAAGCGGAAGAAUGCGUGUCAACAGGCGUUGGAGUCGAUUGCUGAUGUCAUGGACCGCCAUGGCGAACUGAUGUCGUCGACAAUCGAAUCGUCUAGCAAGCGGCAAUGCAGCAUAUUCACGAGGCAAUGCGACAUACUGGAGCAGGAAGUUGCAGUCCAGAAAGCGCACUACGAGGCAUCCGAUGAGACGCAGAGGAUGAUGUGUCACGCGCUUAUGAAAAUCAGGUCGUCACGAAACAUGUCUGCGCGAGGGAACGCCCAUGGGAAGAAGCGCGACGUAGUCCCUGACGACAGCCAAGGGCAGGGAAGAGGUCGGUGGCAGGCCCCGAAAGGGAAGAGGGUGCGUUCGGAAGAUGCGUCAGCAAGGGUGCCUCGCCGUGGAGCGCAAGGUUGGGCGGCAGCAGCAGAAGGGGACUACAACGAAGAGUUCACGACGGAGGAGGAGCAGGCAGAGGCAGCCAGGUCUGAAGUACGCGAGAGUGGUCGACAGCACUCUUCUGAUCACACCGCUUCGAAGAGGAUGCUGACCCCUCCACCCGAGGUGCAGCAGCUGCGUGGCCGCGAAACGCGGACAGAGAAGGCUCUCGUCGUCGAUCUUGGCGGCGAUGAUGACGAGCCCUUGGAGAGACGUCGCAUUCGCAUUCGUACAACGGCGACAACGGCGACCCCACCGCUGGCGGUGACGGCACACGCUGCUGCAAACGAAAGGCCGGUCUCGGUUGGGGCCGAGGAGGCAGGUGCUGCGGGGGCGGGUGGUUCAGGCACUGUGGCCGCUGUUGCGACGGCGAGGGAGGAGGCAGCAGUUGUGGCGAUGGUGAGAGAGGAGGCGCGUGGCGAGAAGAAAGGCGAUCGGGAGGCCGGCGAGCCCGGUUCAAGCCGGGUACGUAGGAGUGUGAUGACAAAAGACCUCAUCGAUCGUGUCGUCCUUUCGGUCGAUGACAAAGCUUUCUGGACGACGGGGGAGGGGCGAAGACUGUACAACAUCGUCCACGAUACGAGAGAGUACUUCGUCGCCAUCGCCAGCGGACUUCUACCGCCUGCCGUCCCUCGGAGCGUCGUACUGCCCAAAUCCAGCAUGCGCGUAGGCAGGAUCGUCGACCAAUCACAGAUGCAGCAAGCGAUCUCCCGUGCGGCGGCAGUGGAGAACGUAGCUCUUCGCAUCUUGCACGGUUGGGUUUUCAAGUCCGGGAACCGCCCAAGGGGAUACCAUGUGGCUUUCCAGUACUCACAAGAAUCCUUUGCGACGGACAUUGCGCGUGCUAUGUGGUGCGGCGAGGAGUGGUGCGACGUCGACAGUCCGGCGGUUUGCGCGCACACGAUAGAUUUGUCCAUGGACCUGCCACUGUGGUUCGCCGGCGACAACAUCCAGGACAGACCGGACGACGACGACAUGGCGGCGCACCAGGAGUCCACUGUCAUCUGCGUCGCGCAUGCAUUCCGCGCGGCGGUGCAAAUGGGGGCGCUCAUCGACGGCGAGUUCAUCUCGCACGAUCGUCUUUGUCGGGUGGUUGACUGCUUCGGGCUGUUGUUGGCGGCGUGCACGUGGAUAAUGCGCAUGGUGGGAGACGAUCCGCGCAGCCACUACGAGGCUUUCUACUUCGUGAACCUCGUGGCGAAGCCCACACUCGUCGUGGCCAUGCAUCGCUCCUUCGAUCAUCGACGAUCCGUCGUCCGCGCCGCGAAAGUCGUCACAGAGAGGCUCGGGAAGGCGAACGCUACGUUCGGACAGUACCCCGACUACAUCCCUCAAUGGGCACCCUGCGGCAUUGGUUUCAGGCACGACGCAAGCAUAACGAGGCCAGAGGAUGCGAAGAAGCUAGAUUGGUUGGGUCCGGGCCCCCCCGAUGAUGACAACAACAACGAGGGGAAAGAUGACGCGUAGGGGGGGGGGAGGGGGAGGGGGAGGUUUGGCUGCUUGUGUGAACGCGGGCGCAUGUACAAGUGGCUGGUCGUGAUGGGCUUCACUGUGGUUGCGCCGUCACAAAGUGCG